AUGAAACAGCUGCAGAUUGAACACAUUUCUCCAUAUCUUAAGUUAAAAAAGGACGACACAUCCUACCAAACCGACACUCCAUUUGACAGCAAAACAGCUCUGAACCGUUGGACUGAAAAUCUGCCUUACCCUGUUAACAUACUGGUGAUUAAAUCAGCCAGCAGUGUAGCGGACAUGGUCAAUAAUGCAGCUGGUAUCAUGGCUGUGCCAGACACCUUCCUUAUCAAUCUCUUUGACAUUCAAGUCAUGCUCAGGGUCUUGACUGAAGACGGGCUGUUUGCUCUGCUACCCAUGGUGCUGAGACGGCUGGAGGGCACAGCGGGGGGGGUGGAGGAGGAUGACCUGAGGGAACGGGAGGAGGUCGCAUUGCCCAUCCUGUUUAAAAGGGAGAAGAAGAAGUUCCAAGUUCCUGUCAGCCAAACGCUUUUCACAGCAAAACAAAGCCUCUGGAAUCCUUCUCUCAACACUGAGGAUGAGAUAAUUGUCAACAUAGUCUUCUUAAUGAACGACUAUUCACCUAAGACUUGGGAGGAGAAAACAUCGCUUCGGGCAUGGCUCUUUUUUGGACAGCAGGGGCUUGGACACUAUUGGCAGCACUGGUUCUUCUUAGCAGCUGCUGUUUUAACUGGUCUGAGGCUUCAAGGACUAGUGCUACAGUCUCAGGAAGAAGCAAACAGGAAGAAGAACCCUCGUCACUUGAACGAGUUAAGAGAGGAUGGAGCGAGGGACGUCCUGGCUCUGACCUUUAGUUCUCAGAGAGCAGCUUCGCUGAGCAUAAUCCACACAGACUCUGAUGAAGGUGAGGGCAACAUCAAGUACACCAUCUCUGGAGAAGGAGCAGGUUCCAUCUUCAUCAUUGAUGAGCUUACAGGAGACAUACAUGCCACAGAGCGACUAGACCGAGAGGAAAAGGCUUUUUACACCCUGCGGGCCCAGGCUCGGGACCGGCUAUCCAACGACCCACUUGAGCCAGAGUCAGAGUUUGUCAUCAAGGUCCAAGACAUCAAUGACAGCGAGCCGCAGUUUUUGGAGGGCCCUUAUAUCGGCAGUGUGGCUGAGCUGUCGCCUAUCGAGCAAUUGCUGCUGAAUUAA